GGGCCCGGACGCGAGCGGACGGCGCGGGCAUGGUGCGCGGCAGGGUCUCCCGGCUCUCGGUCCGCGAUGUGCGCUUUCCCACGUCGCUCGGGGGCCACGGCUCGGACGCCAUGCACACAGACCCUGACUACUCAGCUGCCUAUGUCAUCAUAGAGACAGAUGCAGAAGAUGGACUCAAGGGUUAUGGAAUUACCUUCACUCUGGGCAAAGGCACCGAAGUUGUUGUCUGUGCUGUGAAUGCCCUUGCCCACCACGUGCUUAACAAGGACCUCAAGGACAUUGUUGGUGACUUCAGAGGCUUCUAUAGGCAGCUCACGAGUGAUGGGCAGCUCAGAUGGAUUGGCCCGGAGAAAGGCGUGGUGCAUCUGGCCACGGCAGCCGUGCUCAACGCUGUGUGGGACCUGUGGGCCAAGCAGGAGGGAAAGCCUCUCUGGAAGUUGCUUGUAGACAUGGACCCCAGGACGCUGGUAUCCUGCAUAGACUUCAGGUAUAUCACGGAUGUCCUGACUGAGGAGGACGCCUAUGAAAUACUGCAGAAAGGUCAAGUUGGCAAAAAAGAAAGAGAAGGGCACAUGCUGGCACAUGGCUAUCCAGCCUACACGACAUCCUGUGCCUGGCUGGGGUACUCAGAUGACACGCUGAAGCAGGUGGGCAUGUGGACCUGGUUUUGUAGACAGGCUGAGUGCAGAGAAGAUAAAACGUCUCCGUUCGUGGAUUUAGUGCAGAGCAUGAGAGAGAACGGCAGUAGGUGCUGCGUGUGGGGGGCACUCUUCAAGCCGGGGCUCUUCGCAGGCAGAGAGAGACGGCCACUGUGCAGAAAAUCCCAGUGUCUGCCAAAGCAGAGGAUAGAGCUAAAUUACAAAACCAGUGUAUUUCACAGGUUUAAAGUAAAGGUUGGUGCUGAUGUCCAGGAUGACAUGCGGAGAUGCCGACUCAUCAGAGACAUGAUCGGACCAGAGAACACUUUGAUGAUGGAUGCCAACCAGCGCUGGGACGUGCCCGAGGCAGUGGAGUGGAUGUCCAAGCUGGCUGAGUUCAAGCCAUUGUGGAUUGAGGAGCCGACCUCCCCCGAUGACAUUCUGGGGCACGCUGCCAUCUCCAAGGCACUUGUCCCGUUAGGAAUUGGUGUUGCCACAGGAGAGCAGUGCCACAAUAGAGUGAUAUUUAAGCAACUCCUACAGGCAAACGCCCUGCAGUUCCUCCAGAUUGACAGCUGCAGACUGGGAAGUGUCAAUGAAAAUCUCUCGGUAUUACUGAUGGCCAAAAAGUUUGAAAUUCCCGUUUGCCCCCACGCUGGUGGAGUUGGCCUCUGUGAGCUGGUCCAGCACUUGAUUAUAUUUGACUACAUCUCCGUCUCUGCAAGCCUUGAGAACAGGAUGUGUGAGUAUGUUGACCACCUGCACGAACAUUUCAAGUAUCCUGUGAAGAUCCGGCAGGCUUCCUACAUGCCUCCAAUGGAUGCUGGCUAUUCAACAGAAAUGAAGGAGGAAUCUGUAAAGAAACACCAGUAUCCAGAUGGUGAAGUCUGGAAGAAACUCCUUGCUACUCAGGAAAAUUAAGUGUUCGGUACUAGUAUCUUUCCUUUUUAAGUAAAAUGUCUUGGAUACAGUUUUAUAAAAAUAGAAGAAAAAUUUCAUCCUAUCAGUCAAGUUCAGCUGAAAGUCCUAAGAACAUUAGGAAUCAGCUCAGUAAUCAUUAUUACUUGGUUCUUUUAGCAAGUCAAUACAUAGUCUCCUAUUUAAUCCUUAAUAAAUUUAGAUUAACUAGCCUGAAGUCCAGGAAGAUGUGCCUACAAAAUUACUAUUGCAUCCUGGUACACACACAUUAAACUGUACUUCAAUUUGAAAAUAAGCAACAUGUUGCAUAAUUCGUUGGAACAAAUCCUUAUUCUGUUUAACACUUGUCAAAAAUUAGCAGAAUAAAAAUAGUUCUGCAGCA